AUGGCGAAAAACCUAGGCCCAAUGACUUACCGUGUUUUAGAAGGCCCGUGGGAUGACUACUGCUGCAAUGGCGGUGGCCCAGAUAUCUGUGAAGCUUGGAGAGAGGAAGAAGGCUCUUCUGCGUGCAGUAUCGGGGUCAUGGGUUGGCUCUUGUCAUGUAGGCAGAACUACAUGGAGACGAUUGAAAUCUUGUACUCUACCAACACACUGAUACUGGGUGAAGUAUGCAUGGUCGAACAUCUUGCCUCCCUUAUCCCCCCUCAGCGAUUGGAGAUGAUGACUUCUCUGGAAAUCACAUGGACGCUUAAAACGCACUACACCGCCAAUCAGGACUACGAUGAUAUGGAUGAGAGUCACCUGAAACUUGUAUUUGAUCUUCUAUCACCUUCAAAAUUCCCUGCACUCCGUCGACUUUACAUAUGGUUCGCCAAAGGCCGGCCCGGCUGGCUUGCUGUUAAUCGUGUUGAGGCAUAUGAGAAAACCAUCUUGGAGCAAUUGGACCUUUUUGCGAAGGGAAGAACCAAUCUACAAGAAUGUGCAUUUGCUCUUCCCGGGUGCUUCUUCGAAAGGAUAGACGCUGCUGCUAGAGGUAUUACUCUAGACGAAGUGGAAGAAUGGGAAAUGCUCCCUAGAGGUCCUCCUCAUCGACAAGUCUGGCGAGAUGUUAAUGGGGAUAUGACUGUUUUACAGUUGCCAUACGUAGAUCGCUAUCCAAGAGCUCCUUAUCACAUCCCCGUGAGGGAUGUUCAGGUUGCAGGAUAUUGGAUUCUUGAAUCAUCUUACAACGAUCUACCUGCUUAUCGCAGGACUAGCCCACCUCCUCCAUGUUUCUAUCCCGCUAGCAGUUCAUCAUACCACCAGGGAGGCUUACCCCGCGAUCGAUCACGAGAAAACUCCUUGUCACCAGGAUACAGUCCUAUUUCUCCCGGAUUCAGUCCCACAUCACCAACCGGCUCCGAUCAACCUGGCGCCACUGAGAUAGAUCAUACAUAG